GUGCCGGCGCCAGAGGAAAGCAAAGAAGAAGAAGAAAAAAAACUUCAGAACUGAGGCUUCACAUGAAAGCAUCUACAAGAUGGUUGAAACAGACGGCAACGCUUGUUCCACACCAGUCUGACCUGCAGCGAAAGGAAGGCAAACAAGAAGAAAACCCCCCCGCCAGAACCAAGAUGAUGAAAGCAUCUCCAAGGGGGCUGUCCAUGCAGGAUGCCAUCAUCACACCUCAACCCACCCCCAUGCAUCCCUCUACUGGUUCCUCGCUGCGCCGGCCUGGGAAAAGGAAUAAGGGAGCGAGAAGAGAGGAUUUGGUGAACUAAGGAGGCACCGGGAUCAUGGAUUAUCUCUCGGUCUUGCUGAAGUCCUGGGUGCUGCUGCAGACGCUGUGCCUGGUUCUGGCCCAAGUGAGAGGCCCACCUGGACCCCAAGGCCAGGCAGGUCCACCAGGCCCCUCUGGUACUCCCGGGUCGGACGGCAUCGAUGGAGACAAAGGUGCUCCUGGAACACCUGGUCCACUUGGUCAAAAGGGAGAGCCAGGAGAGUCGGGUCGUGAUGGAGCACCAGGAGAGAACGGCAUCGAUGGUUUGAUUGGUGCCAAAGGCGACCGAGGUCCAAUCGGAAGCCCUGGGCCAAAGGGUCAGUCUGGUUUAAGCGGAGAGCCUGGCCGUCCUGGAACCGGCCUACCCGGACUUGCUGGUGCUCCAGGGCCAAUUGGUCUUCCCGGUAAUAUCGGACUAAUCGGACCAAAGGGUUUAAUGGGAUCACCAGGACCUCCGGGACUCCCGGGCCCAGCAGGCAAGCCAGGUCCUCCCGGGAAGUUCAUUGGCGGAGAGGAGGGAAGCGCAGAUUUCCAGUGUCCUCUCAACUGUCCAGCAGGACCUAAGGGCCCGCAGGGACUGCAGGGGGUCAAAGGCCACAAAGGACGCCCCGGUGUUCUGGGAGAUUCCGGCAGCAUUGGAAAACUGGGAAUCAAGGGAGAAGUGGGCAUCUCUGGAGAGCAAGGCAUCCCAGGGCCUCCUGGUCCAAUGGGCGUGAGGGGUUAUCCAGGAAUGAUGGGCCCCAAAGGAGAGGCGGGACCUCGCGGUUAUAAGGGCAUCAACGGACCCGUUGGGAUUCCCGGACCUCCAGGUGAAGAGGGACCUCAGGGACCACCUGGAGAGGCAGGGGACAAGGGAGACAAAGGCGGCCGGGGCAUACAAGGCCCACAGGGCGCAGUUGGCAAAAAGGGAGAAAACGGCCUGCCUGGUAUUGAUGGAAAAGAUGGCACACCUGGUGUUCCUGGAAUCAAAGGUGGGCCCGGCCAGGAUGGGAUGCCAGGUCCUCCCGGUCCUUCCGGAACAGCGGGAUUACCUGGUAGUCCAGGGGCCAAGGGUGGACCUGGAGUUAAAGGCGAGGCUGGUCCCAGAGGUCCUGCCGGCAUGUCCGGUGCUCCUGGACCUUUGGGCGAGCCUGGGGUUCCUGGUGAGGCUGGUAUGGAAGGAGUUCCCGGUCCCAAGGGAGACCGAGGUCAGCGCGGUCCAGUGGGUCCACAAGGAAUAGUCGGAAAGGCUGGAAGCAAAGGAGAGAGAGGGCCGAUGGGCGUUCCGGGUGCUCAAGGUCUGAGUGGAACCAAAGGAGACAAGGGCUUCCAAGGAAAAGGUGGACCCAAAGGAGGCAUUGGAGACCCUGGUGUGGAGGGGCUGGCUGGUGAGAAAGGUGAAAAGGGUAUGUCUGGAGAACCUGGCCCUAAAGGACAGCACGGAGUGAGGGGAGACCUUGGACAUAACGGUCCAACUGGAGACUCUGGGAAGCCAGGUGAUCUAGGACCCCCUGGACUGCCUGGUCCUCGGGGGUUGAACGGCAUGAGAGGAGUGCCUGGCAUGCCGGGUAUUGAGGGUCCACCGGGACGUGAUACAUCUGACCAGCAUAUCAUUGAUGUGGUGCUAAGAAUGUUGCAAGAGAGGCUGGCAGCAGUGGCAGUGAGCGCUAAAAGGGCUGUGCUUGGUGGAGCUGGUGUCAUGGGACCCCCCGGCCCUCCUGGACCUCCGGGAUCAACGGGUCCACAAGGACCACAUGGUUUGCCUGGUUCUCGAGGAAUACCUGGCAUGAUAGGAGGUCACGGACAGAUCGGAAACACAGGUCUUAAAGGAAAGAGAGGAGCCAAGGGUCAGAGAGGAGAGGCAGGUAAACCUCAUCAAGGAUCACCAGGACCUCACGGAAUCCAAGGUCCUGCAGGUGUUGACGGCGUGGCUCGAGGCGGCCGACCAGGCGAGCGAGGGCCCCAGGGAGCAGCGGGCGGGGCGGGUCAUCCUGGUAAAGCAGGUCCACAAGGACUCCCGGGUUUCUGCGAGGCCGCCAUGUGUUUGGCAGCAUCUGCGUACACUUCACCAAGACUACAGGAAGCUGGCACCAUCAAAGGACCCAACUUUUAA